GGGGCAGGAGAUGUUUGCCUGAAGCUUAACCCCGUUAGCUCCGAUGCGGGGAACGAGAUCCACAGCUGCACUGUUAUUUUCUCGAUUCUCUCGUGCUCUUCAUUUGUUUUACACAGAUCUGUCAGAUUGAAAAAUGUCUGUGAUACAAGCUCAGAAGACUGCUCUCAUCACCGGCGCUGCCUCCGGGGUGGGGUUCGCCAUCGCCCAGCUCUGUCGUCGGCAGGGUAUGCACCUCGCCCUCGUGGACAUCGACGCAGGCAACCUCACAAAAGCACGAGACGCGGUGGCUGCGAUAGACCCAUUGCUCCAGACGGCCAGCUACGCCUUUGACGUUGCCGACCGCACCAAAUGGACUGAAACGGCAACACAAAUCCAAUCGACCUUCCCCACGGGCCUCGAUCUGGUCGUGCUGAAUGCCGGGAAAGGCUACCGACCGCAGAGCACAGCCGAUGGCAAACUGAAGCCCUGGAUGGACGUCGAAUACUGGCACAAGACCCUCGACACCAACGUCAUUGGUAUUCUCAAUGGUAUCAACGCUAUCAUACCGCUGAUGCUCGCGCCAGCCUCGGCGCGGUCGCUCGUCAUCACUGGUUCCAAACAAGGCAUUACGAACCCCCCGGGCGGCGGCAACCCGGCCUAUAAUGCGUCCAAGGCAGCGGUCAAGAGUUUGGCGGAGCACUUGGCGCACGACAUGCGGUCAGACCCAAGCACCGCACACAUCGCGGUGCAUCUACUGAUUCCCGGGUGGACGUGGACUGGAAUGAUGGGUAACGUUGGGCCGACCGCCGAACACGAGGUCCAAAAGAUGGCGGGCGCUUGGUACCCCAGUCAGGUGGCGGACGAGCUACACAGAGAACUGGAUAAGGGCCGCUUCUAUAUUGUCUGUCCCGACGGAGAAACCGACCGUGCGCUGGACCAGGCGCGCAUGAAAUGGGGCAGCGAAGAUGUGGUUGAAGGGCGACCGGCCCUGUCGCGAUGGGAUACGUCGUGGAAGGAAACGGCGGAGGAGGAGAUCCAAGCCGAGGCAGCGCGGCGACGGAACGUGUAGUAAAACCGUCCAUAUCAUGAUUGGAGUAGGAUUCUAGGGGAUCGGGUGGUAGUUCCGUUCUUGGGGGCCAUUCCCUGACCCAGAUGGUUAACAUGCCGUUUCGGGGAUAACUCCACAACCCUAAGAACUCUAAGUGUCAUCGUCUAGAUAUCUACCUACCUAACUUGGUUCUCAACGGGCCAAACCGAUCAAUCCAACUGAUAUGCUGUCCUAUCAGCUUGACAGACCAACCAGAGACGGCUUAGAGUCGAUA